UACAUAGUUUACGACGUCGAAAUUGCAGCAUUGCCAUAGACCAUAGCAACAAAGAAAGAAAAGAAAUGGAAGUAGUAGAAUUGUACGAGCUUCAUUAUUCUGAUUUGCUGCAGCUCUCUUCAGACAAAUUUUUAUCAGAUGAAUUUAUAGAAGAAAUUCAGCGUCUGGAAUCAGUCACCAGAAGUGUAAUGGAAAACCUAGGGCCAGCGGGACCAGGACUUCUCGCCAUCACCGGCGUUCCAGAAGCUUCCAAUCUCCGGCGAACUCUUCUUCCUUUAGCUCGAAAACUCGCUCUUCUCAAUAAUGAUGAUCGCAAGCGCCUUCUUAAGGAACAAAAUCUGGGAAGUGAUGUAUCAUUGAAGAACCCGAAUAGAGAUGUCUCCUCUUUUUCCAUGCAAUUGAAAUAUGGGCAAUGCUAUGAAAGAAGUGGUUGUCAGGUUGAUGAUCUAGAUGUUGAUAAUCGGGAUGAAGGAGAGGUUGAUCAGGAUGAGUUUAAGAAAUUAGGUUGCACCUUUAAGGAGCUAGGAUAUUGCAUGAUGGACUUAGGGCUUCGUCUUGCACAAAUAUGUGACAAGGCCAUUGGGGGCCAAGAGCUGCAACAGAGCUUACUAGAGUCUGGCACAGCUAAAGGGCGUCUGAUCCAUUAUCAUUCCGCUGUUGACAAUGAUAUUGUUAGAGAAGAUGCUAAAAGAAAUGGACAGUCUAAAGCAAGAAAUGGGAAAGUCAAUAAGAAUGAGCAAUCCAGUCUGAAGCAGCAAGGAAUUGAGUCAUCGAAAGACCAGUCAAAUGACUAUGGUCUGUGGCAGCAGUGGCAUUAUGAUUAUGGUAUUUUCACUCUUUUAACAGUUCCUAUGUUUCUGUUGUCCUCUCACCAAGAAUCAGCAGCAGCUAUAAAUAAUGAUUCACCUGUUUCUUCUAAGCAUGAAUUCCCUUCACCCGGUGGGCACACAUAUCUUCAUUUAUUUGAUCCCAAAAAGAAUCAGGUCUUCAUUGUAAAGGCACCUUCAGAGAGUCUCAUUCUGCAGGUUGGAGAAGCAGCUGAUAUAUUAUCUAAGGGGAAGCUACGAGCAACACUUCAUUGUGUUUGUAGACCACCAAAGGUUGAAAACUUGAGCAGGGAAACAUUUGUUGUCUUCUUGCAGCCAGCAUGGAGCAAACAGUUCUCUCUUUUGGAUUACCCGCUUGAACUUUUAGCUUUAAGUGGUCAGCAGUGCGGGGUAUGUAGCAAGGGAACUGAACAGUCUAAGCAUCUCCCUGAGGAAUUAAGUCAUGAGAUUCAAAAGAUUGUUCCACCACUUUUGUCGAGGCUGAAAGAUGGGAUGACAUUUGCAGAAUUUUCUCGCGAAACUACAAAACAAUACUAUGGUGGUAAAGGUUUACAGUCCAACAAAUAGAUGACUGGUUUUCUGUGGAUAUCUUUAUAUGGCCAGAGGUGCCAUCCAGCUUGAUAAUGUUAAACUGGUGGUUGCAAAGUGUCACUGUCAACUUCCCCGUCUCAGGUAAAGAGGGGGCUGCGUGCACUUGUACUGUUAGGAGGUUAUUUCACUUUCUAUGGCAACAAAGAACUUUGCCUUUGGAACUUCUGCAAUAGCCCGGUUUUGUGUCACUGGUUCAAUGUGCCUCAGGAAGAGAGAACAAGUCACUGCAACUUGCGCCAUGCUUAAGAAUGACCGUUGAAAGCUAAGAACAAAUUCUUGUGACCUGUACUUGGGAUACCUUUGCCACUCUAAACUUUGGAUCUCCGAGAUCUACCUUAAAUUUGUGUCCUAGUCAUAGGCUUUCCUUUUCUGUUACUUGCAGAUGGCCAGAAGGUAGGCGUGAAUGGGGUUUACAAGCUUGGGCCUCAUCCGCAUAACUACAGGUACAUCUGACUUAACGGAAAUGUUCUCCUGGUUUUGAACUUGCAUUAGGACUGGCUCACUGCUCUGUUAUUCUUCAUCAUAUCUAAAAUAAUGGUGACAUGUUUGAUUAAAGA